AUGAAACUGGCGCGGAGGUUCAGCCCAUCCCACCGAACCAAACUCUCUAUGUUACGAACCUCCUCCGCGAAAAUAAAGAAGCCAGACCUACGCACCGCAUUAUACCUCCUCUUCUCAACCUACGGGCCCGUGCUAGACAUUGUAGCUCUGAAGACAAUGAAGAUGAGGGGCCAGGCGCACAUCGUCUAUCGAGACAUCCAAACUUCCACGCAAGCAUUGCGGGCACUGAACGGCUUCGAAUUCUUAGGCUUGCCGAUGAAGGUCGAAUACGCGAAAUCCAAAUCCCAUUUCGUGGCCAAGUUGGACGGCACAUUCAAGAUCACCAGGGACGGCUGCUGCGGCCAAGGCUUCCGCCCUACCCCCAAGCCUCCCGCGAUCGAGAGGACAACGGAGAGGGCAGACACACCCGAAAGUAGAGGUCAAAAGCGACCUCGCGACGCCGAAGAGGAAUCGGAGGACGAUGACAGUGACGUGGCUAUGGAAGAGGACAGUGACGACGAAUAG